AUGGAUUGGGCUAGUCUGAACGAUCAGGCCAAUCAGCUGUUGGAGCGGGGACACCCUAGCCAACCUCAGAUGACCAGGAACCUGCCGCAGGUGGCUCAGUUCUCGCACCAGCUGAAAGACCGCGUGUCGGUGAGGGACGUGAAGCAGGAGGAGCUGGCGGCGACUCGUUUUUUCGCGAGGGAGGGAAUCGAAGCUGAAAGGCCGCCGGACGGAUUGUCAAUGCAGCCCAUGGAUGGGGAGGCAGGCAGAUCACCCAUACCGGCUGCUGAACUGGAAAAGUAUUUUGACGGCCGACAUUAUGAAGGACUGAAGCAGAGAAAUGUGGUGGAGGCUAUUGCAGCUGCAGACAAAUGCAUAGAACACACAUGGAGGAAUUACAUGGGGAAUGUGUGGCGCAGAAUGUCAUCGAAUCUGGGCGAAUCGUGGAAAUUUGACGGCGCAGGGCCUGUUACCACUACCCGAUCUCAGGCGCCUGGGCUUAUGUCCGGCUUGCCUUCACCCCUGCUCGCUUUACCUCCACCAACACCCGCAACGGGGCUGGUCGAACCAGGCAAGCCAAACGUGGCCCCAAAAGACCAAGCUUAUGCGAGCGUCAUCGGUCAGCUCGCAACGCCUUCGGGACGGGAUUUGAAUGCUGGAUCACUGUUCCUAGAGGCGGUAGGCAAGCUGAAGGAAACCCCAUCUUCUGUUUUGGUCACCUGGAAGCUCCUCAACAAGAUGCUGGGGCAGCUCAGCACCACUGCGCCUGGACCCCGCAUGCAUUGGAACAGCGUGCGAGGGCUGCUGCGUGGUGCAAGGGCCUUCAUGGAAGAGCACUUCAGGAGCAAGCUGGUGAAGAUGAUCCAAGGUAGUCGCCUGGUGGCCGAGCGGGGUGGUGACUUGGAUCAGCUGAAGGAGGUGCGUGCGUACAUCGCAGUGUACCUGAGGGAGCUCAGGCCACUCGACUUCCAGGAGGUGCGCGGCACCAGGACAGACUGGGCACAGGUGUACUACUGCCUAAUGGCUGGGUAUGUUGGGGAGGCAGUCAGGGCUGCGGAGAAUGUGUACUGGCUUGCUGGAAGGCAGGGGAGCAAGGACCUGAAGGACUAUAUAGAGGAGUGGGCAGAUGGGGACAUAGCAUCAGCAGACAGGCUCCUCACUGAGUACCCCCACUUUUUCGCCAAUGUUGAGGAGUACCUGUGGUUCUUCGCUAGCACUGUGAGGCAGCGCAGGGAGUCCUCUGUGGGUAGGUCAAGCCCCCCCUUAGGUUCUCACCCAGUCAUGGCCUUCACACUGUCAGACUGGCAACAAAGGGUUCGGAGCCAGCCGCCAGAUUACUACACCAACAAUGGGGCAGAGCCUUUCACAUACAUCAGGGUUUUGCUGACCAGCCUGCAGUUCAAGACUGCCCUGCAUUUUCUCACAAACUCCCCAGUGAUGCAGAGUCACAUCCCAGAUGCAGUGCACAUGGCAGUGGCACUACAGCACCAUAAUGUGCUGCAGACUGGUGGAGAAGGAGACAGUGGAAUGAACUCCUUUGGAUUCGAUGUUGGGGAACUCGUGCGUGGCUACGGUCGUCAGUUUGUCCACACCGAUAGCUCUCUGGCGAUGCUGUACUAUCUAGAGGCAGCAGAUGUGAAGGGUGGCUCCCUGGAGCUUCGGGCAGCAGCCCUGAGAGACCUUCUGAGCGAAUCGAGGGAUUAUGGUACAAUUUUGGGUGGCGGUGGAACGGUGGGUGGCGGGAGCGCAAUGAGGGAGUGUGUUCCUGAAGAAGCACAGCGCCUCCAACUGAUCAGGGCGGCCGCUGCUCAAGCACAAGAUGCAUCGCAGCUUGAGGAAGCUGUUGAGCUCUGCAUGGCAGGAGAUCAGCCUGUCAAGGCCUUGAAGAUUCUGAACCUACAAAUUGCCCAGGCACUGCAAAGAUUUUACAAUGAACUGCGAAUGAAUGGUGAAAGAGUGCAAGAGCUUUGGCAUGAAGUGGAGAGACUGGCAUCAAGGUGUGCAGAUGCGCAGGAGAAGGUGGGAGAGGAGCGCACGUACGAUGACAGAAGGCAGCUUGCUGCCUGUGAGCAGCUGAUGUUGGUCAAGGCUGUGGUUGAGAACCAGAUUCAGAACAGGACAUCUGAAGCAAUUGCCAUUAUGCCCAAGCUCACGUUCCUUCCCAGUGAGUCAGUGGAGGCGGAGCAGUAUGGAAAGCAGGUUGCACUGCUGCAUCCAGCGAUAAUUGAUGCAAUGCCAACACUCCUGCGAUCGCUGGGAUCGGCCCUUCGUGAUGAAAUGGAUCGCCGUGGUCGUGAGUUUGUGCAUGGGAAACUGAUGGCCCUCUGCCUAUUCUCGGGCAGCAUCCCGGCACCACACAGGCCGCCACAAGAUGUGUGUGGGGAUUUGGCACAGAUGGUUGAAGCCGUUCGAUGA